AAGAUAUUUUUCUUUCUCUCGCAGUUCAAAUUAGGGAUUCAAUCUCUCUGCUCUUCAUCACCACCAUCACCAUCACCGUCACCGUCACCGUCACCUCUCUGUAUCUUCCGGCUGUUCCUCUCUCUAUUCCCUCCGGGUGAAAAGAUGGAUCAGUCUUUUAUUUUGAUUUUCUAUUAGCUUGCUCGGUUAUUGUUGAAGCUAUAUCGUGAAGACUUUAAAUAUCUCAAAUGGAUGAUGGUGGGCAUCGUGAGAAUGGUCGGCAUAAAGCAGCAGCUCAGGGCCAGUGGUUGAUGCAGCAUCAGCCGUCGAUGAAACAAGUUAUGUCAAUAAUAGCAGAGCGGGAUGCAGCGAUUCAGGAGAGGAAUCUGGCGAUAUCAGAGAAAAAAGCAGCAGUAGCUGAAAGGGACAUGGCGUUUCUUCAGAGGGACACAGCCAUUGCCGAGCGCAACAAUGCGAUAAUGGAGAGAGACAGUGCUCUUACAGCUCUCCAAUACCGUGAGAACUCCAUGGUUACUGCUGCUGCUACCAAUAUGUCGGCAUGUCCACCAGGAUGUCAAAUAUCACGUGGUGUAAAACACUUGCACCAUCCGCACAUGCAUCAUCAUCAUCAACAACAUCACAUACCUCAGUUGACUGAGAAUGCAUAUGAAACCAGAGAAAUGGAGCCAAAUGAUGGUCUCCCGACAUCACCACCUGCCGGAUCCGCCUUGGAAUCUGCCAAACCAAAGCGCGGUAAAAGAGUGAAAGACCCAAAGGCGACUGCACAAACCACUGCUAAUAAGAGAGGACCAAAAAAUCAGAGGAAAGUGAAGAAAGAGAGCGAUGACGACUUAAACAAGAUAAUGUUUGUAAAGACAACACAUGACUACACAGAAGAAGACUCAAGUAAGCAUAUCUUAAUAGGAUCGAAAUCCGACUGGAAAAGUCAAGAAAUGGUGGGGCUGAACCAAGUUGUUUAUGACGAGACAACGAUGCCACCACCUGUAUGUUCAUGUACAGGAGUUCUCAGACAGUGCUACAAAUGGGGAAAAUGGAGGUGGCAAUCAUCGUGUUGCACAACCACACUAUCAAUGUAUCCUUUGCCGGCACUACCCAACAAAAGGCAUGCUCGAGUUGGUGGACGGAAAAUGAGCGGAAGCGCGUUCAACAAGCUUCUAAGCCGACUUGCUGCAGAGGGGCAUCAUGAUCUUUCAAACCCGGUCGAUCUGAAGGACCAUUGGGCAAAGCACGGUACAAACCGCUACAUCACGAUUAAAUGAUAUGUGCAUUUAGGUGUGAGUUGUUCUUACGACAUUAUCUGAUUUUAAGUCACCUGUACUAAAUUCAAAUAAACUCGAGAGGAAUUGUAUGUGGAGCCAAUGUUGUGUUGUAUUAUAUAAUUGAAGAAAAUUUAGCAACAUCACAAA